CGGUGAGCCGGAGGAGUCAGUCAGAGGGGCGAGCAGGAGCGAUUCCGUCGGCAAACAGGUCACGAGGGCCGAGUGAGCCGCCCUGACGCACGGCAUUAUUAAUGAUGGACACCGAGAAGAAGCCAGAGAAUGAUGAGGAUGAAAAUACAAACACAGAAGCAAAAGACUCCAGCAGUGUUUCAUCUCAUGAAGACUGUGGACCCGUAUUUGAUGUGAUAGCAAAUUCCUCUGAGAAUUCCACCAGCAAGAGAGGUUUUCCUGAGUCCUCAGACUUUAGCAGUGCCACCGUGGGGCAAGAUGGGAACAAGCAUGCUUCCAAGCGAAUGAAAUUAUCAGCCGAGGCUGAGCACCUACAGUGUGAGGUGCAGGGCGUUCACGGGCUAGAAGCUUCUGAGAGCACAGUCCCCGAGGUGCGCAUCCCGUUGGGCGGGACCGUGAAGGAGACGCUCCCGGACGAUCGCCUCGACGGAGGCACGUGUCUCCCCGGUGCCUUCUCCCCGCCCUGCAGUCUCCGCUCCACGGAUGCUGUCUCUCUGAGAACAGACACCGAAAAGACGUCUGCUCAGGAAAUGGUUUCCCUUGGCCCGGAAAGAGACUCCCCUUUGCCCCUGGAAGAGAUCGGUGUCAGCUGUACUGUUGGAAACGUGGAUGCGGUUCUCAAGUGCGACGUAUGCGGUCACCUGUUUUCCUCCUGCUCAGAUUUGGAAAAGCAUGCCGAGUGUCACCUGCAGCCCCCGAGGGAACACGCGUGCUGUCACUGCAGCCACAAGGCCGAGAGCAGCAUGGCGCUGCACACGCACGUCCGGCAGGCCCACGGGCCACAGCAGCUCUUCUCCUGCGAUCUCUGUGGCUUCCAGUGCGUGGAAGAAAACCUGUUGAACGCACAUUAUCUUGGCAAGACGCACCUCCGGCGUCAGAAUCUUGCUGCUCGUGGAGGAUUUGUACAGAUCUUAACCAAGCAGCCCUUUCCUAAGAAAUCUUGUUCCAUGGGAGCCAAAAAUGUUCGCGUAAAACCGAGAGCUUCUAAACCAAUAGCAAAGGCUAGUGAUUCAAAAGGAUUACGGAGUGUCGGAAGCAAAUUUAAGGAUUUCAGAGCAAGCGUUUCUAAGCAAAGUGGAAGUAGCAGUGAGCUGCUUGUUGAAAUGGUGGCAUCCAGGAAUACUCCGUCGGAGAAUGUAGAGCUUGUUGAAGAAAACGUAACUUCUCUCAGCAUAGCUCGAAAUCCUGAAAACCAGGGUAAAACUAAAAAGUUAGCUUUGGUAAGCUCAGAGGGCCUCUUAGGUAAAUUGGAAUCUACCAGAAAUAGCCUACAGGCAGCACACGGUAUCAGUGCAACCUCAAGACCGAGACCCGAGCGAAACGUCCUCACGUUGGGCGGCAGCUUCCGUCGACGAAGUGGCACUUUUUCCUUAAAAGGCCAGGCAAAGAAAAGGUUUACUCUGUUAGGGAUUAGUAAAAGAGCAACUACUGAUGCCCAGAGGGCAUAUAUGAAACACUUGAGAACCCAGGUGAAAACAGGCGAUGCUGUGUCUGCGAGUGGCAGUGUCCGCAGUCCGUGUGCAACUUCUUCAGAAAUGCGGGACCCGAAGCAGGACGGAAGAGGUUCCCGUCUCGCGUGCUCCUCUGACUUCCCCACCGCGAGGCCAGCUGCCGAUCUUCAGACGUGUCCUGGCACAGACUGUGCUCAGGUAGCGACAGAUAGGACAGAGCUGGAGACGCGCGGGGAGGAGCGCCCCUCCGGAGAGGUGAAGGUUCGCUGCCAGGAGCGUGACUUGUCCGGCCCGUCGAGGAGGGGCUCAGACAGGCGUUUGUACGACAGCCAGCACCAGCCCACGGCCACUGUCCUCACUUGUCAGUGCUGUUCGUUUAGUUCUGAGAAUGAACUACAGCUUAGAGAGCACAUGCAGGAAAAGCACAAUCUGUGUUUUCUCUGUGCUCCGUGCAGUCUGUUCUUCCUGUCACAGGAGGGCCUGGAGGAGCACAGAACAACUGAGAAGCAUAUUCGUUUACUGGUUCAACCAAAGACUUCUCAACCACUUAACAAUGAUUUGGUCUCACAGUCUUUACCCUUAAGUACUUUAGAAUCAGAGAGUACGAAAGAUUCUGUGAGUGAGUCGGGUAAGGCAGUGCAGGAAGACCCUGCCAAGUGCCGGGUGAGCCAUGGACAUGAAGUAAGGCAUUCAAGUAAGCCCCAGUUUCAGUGUAAGAAGUGUUUUUAUAAAACAAGGUCUUCCACUGUUCUCACAAGACACAUAAAGCUCCGACACGGUCAGGACUAUCACUUUCUUUGUAAAGCAUGUAAUCUUUACUCAUUGAGCAAAGAAGGCAUGGAGAAGCACAUUAAGAGAAGCAAGCAUCUCGAAAAUGCCAAGAAAAAUAAUAUUGGCUUAAGUUUUGAAGAAUGUAUUGAAAGGGUGUGUAUAGGUGCAAAUGAUAAGAAAGAAGAGUUUCAGGUUUCCGGGAACGGAAGGGUAGAAGGCCACGUUGAAGGUAUGCAGUUACAGGAGCAUGUCUGCCUCGAAAAGAGCAUGCUGACCACCAAGGAACUGUCGCAGUCUGGUGAGAUGACCAAAGAGGGGGAGGUCGCUUUGACCGCCACCCCGAAGAGAGGGAGACCAAAAGGUAACCUCUCACGGACAUGUUCUCACUGUGGUCUCUUGGCCUCUAGCAUUACAAACCUGACUGUUCACAUUCGACGGAAGCACAGUCACCAAUACAGUUAUUUGUGCAAAGUGUGUAAGUAUUACACCGUAACCAAGGGGGAUAUGGAGCGCCACUGUGCUACUAAGAAGCAUAAAGGACGGGUAGAAGUAGAAGCCAGUGGCAAACAGAGUUCAGACAUCAUUGUCGGCCCUGAAGGGGGCAACCUCGAAUCCUGUGGAAAGAAUGUCACGUCAGUGGUCUCAGGGGAGCACGUUACCAGGUCCGCUGAAUCAGACGCGUCCGUUUCAGAAAAGCCAGCAGCAGAGCACGGAAAUCCAGCUGAAGUCGAUGUGGAAAAUGAAUAUCAUUCUGUGGAUGGGGAAGCUGACAGUCAUCUUCCUGAUAAAAAGGAACAGAUGUGUCUGGAACCAGAGGGCCCUGUCCAGCAGGGGGACGCGACGGGUGCAAGUGAUAAUAAGUGUGCACACUGUGAGUUUAAUGCCCACUCUUCUGCUUCUCUAGAGCUGCACAUAAAACGGAAGCAUACGAAAGAAUUUGCUUUUUACUGCAUGGCCUGCGAUUACUACGCUGUGACCCGUCGAGAGAUGACGAGGCAUGCGGCAACAGAAAAACACAAGGUGAAGAGGCAGUCUUACCUGAACUCUUCAGACGUAGAAGCAAGUUCUGCAGACAUGCCCAAGAAUAUCAUUAUACCCAAAGAGCAGCAUCAGCAAAAUUCUGAAGACUAUCAAGUGAUUUCAGACCAACCCUCUGAAGAAAUUCUGAAAUCUAGAAGUACCGCCGAUUGUUCCGUUUUGGAUGAGAAUGUUAAUCUGGAUGUGUCUAAGGUACUCCGUGCUCCCGACUCUGUAGAAAUUGAGACUGAAGAAGAAUCUAAUCUCAGUGAAGAGCAUUCCUUUUGUGAAACUUUCCAACAGCCCCUUGUCAACGAAAAAGCUCUGAAACCAGAGGACGUGGUGUCCCUUAAUAUUGCCUCUAACUGUGGCUCCCCGAGCAGAUUUCAGAGUGAAAAUGCAGGAAGUUCAGCUUUGGAGUAUGAAACAGUGCAGAGAACCCACAGCAUGUUGAAUGACAUUGGUGGUCCAAGCACGGGUGGCGGGAGUGACAUGGGACAUGUGGGCGAGACUGCGGAUGAGGUCCUUAGCAAACACGGAUGUCCUGGAGGCCUAGACGGAGGGCAUCCGGCCGAAAGCACCGUCCCUGUUGUGAUGACAAGGACGAGCCAGGAGCAGGGCCUGGAGAGCAGUGGUCAGAACGAUGCUGGAAGUGUGCAGAGUUCAGAGGACUUGAAAGAUACCCAAGAUGACCCCGUUCGGGAGAACAAGGAGAUUCUGAUGGAUUCCCAACAUGAAACUAAAAUUAUCUUGGAAGAGGAUGGUCCAGCUUCGGAUAGCACUGUUGAAAGCAAUGAUGUUUAUGAAACUAUAAUCAGUAUUGAUGACAAAGGACAGGCCAUGUAUAGUUUUGGCCGGUUUGAUUCUUCCAUAAUAAGAAUAAAGAGCCCUGAAGAUGGUGAGUUGUUAGACCAGUCUGAAGAGCGUCUCCUAACCACAGGCGUGAGGAUUAGUGAGUUGCCCUUAAAAGACUGUGCCCAAGGAGUGAAAAAGAAAAAAUCUGAAGGUGGUUCCUUUGGUGAAUCCACACGAAUUCGUUGUGAUGAUUGUGGCUUCUUAGCAGAUGGUUUGAGCGGACUGAAUGUGCACAUAGCCAUGAAGCACCCUACUAAAGAGAAGCACUUUCAUUGUUUGCUGUGUGGAAAGUCAUUCUAUACCGAGAGCAACCUUCAUCAGCACUUGGCUAGUGCUGGUCACAUGAGGAAUGAGCAGGCCAGCGUGGAGGAGCUUCCUGAGGGGGGGGCCACGUUUAAAUGUGUCAAGUGCACGGAGCCCUUUGAUUCAGAACAGAAUUUAUUUCUCCAUAUUAAAGGGCAGCAUGAAGAACUGCUGCGGGAGGUGAAUAAGUACAUAGUGGAAGACACUGAGCAAAUCAACCGCGAGAGAGAAGAAAAUCAGGGAAACGUUUGCAAAUAUUGCGGCAAGAUGUGUCGAAGUAGCAAUUCGAUGGCAUUCCUAGCACACAUUCGCACUCACACAGGAUCAAAACCAUUCAAGUGCAAGAUAUGCCAUUUCGCAACAGCUCAGCUUGGCGAUGCCAGAAACCAUGUCAAAAGGCACCUUGGGAUGAGGGAGUACAAGUGUCAUGUCUGUGGGGUUGCUUUUGUAAUGAAGAAACACUUAAAUACGCAUCUGCUAGGCAAACAUGGAGUUGGCACGCCCAAAGAAAGGAAAUUUACAUGCCACCUGUGCGACAGAAGUUUCACGGAGAAGUGGGCCCUGAACAACCACAUGAAGCUGCACACGGGAGAAAAGCCAUUUAAGUGUACCUGGCCCACGUGCCACUACUCGUUCCUCACGGCCUCCGCCAUGAAGGACCACUACCGGACACACACAGGCGAGAAGUCGUUCCUGUGUGACCUCUGCGGCUUUGCGGGCGGCACGCGGCACGCCCUCACCAAGCACCGGCGCCAGCACACAGGAGAAAAACCCUUCAAAUGCGAUGAGUGUAACUUUGCCUCCACGACCCAGUCUCACCUGACCCGGCACAAGCGGGUGCACACUGGGGAAAAACCCUACAGAUGCCCCUGGUGUGACUACAGGUCCAACUGUGCUGAAAAUAUCCGCAAACACAUUCUGCACACCGGCAAACAUGAGGGGGUCAAGAUGUACAACUGCCCCAAGUGUGACUAUGGGACGAACGUGCCCGUGGAAUUCCGGAACCACCUGAAGGAGCAGCACCCGGACAUCGAAAACCCGGACCUGGCUUACUUGCAUGCUGGCAUUGUUUCCAAGUCCUACGAAUGCCGUUUGAAGGGCCAAGGAGCCACGUUCGUGGAGACCGACAGCCCCUUCACCGCGGCCGCGCUGGCGGAGGAGGCUCCCGUCAAGGAGAGGCCCCUUAGGAGCAGCACAAGGCCGGCGGUGGCGCCCGAGCAGGUGCAGCAGGUCAUCAUCAUCCAGGGCUACGACGGGGAGUUCGCCCUCGACGCCUCCGUGGAGGAGACGGCCGCGGCCACGCUGCAGACGCUGGCGCUGGCUGGCCAGGUGGCCCGCGUGGUGCACAUCACGGAAGACGGGCAGGUGAUCGCGGCCGGUCAGAGCGGCACCCACGUAGGUGGGGUGGCCCCCGGGCCGGUCCUGCCGGAGCAGUUGGCGGACGGGGCCACCCAGGUGGUGGUCGUGGGGGGCUCGAUGGACGGCCACGGCGCGGACGAACCCCUCAGCCCGGGAGGGGCUGUGCUACGGCAGGUGACCAAGCAGGAGAUUUUAGACCUCACCGAGGCCGGAGCUCCCCCGCCCGACACGGCCUCUGCCCUGGACGCCCUGCUCUGUGCGGUCACCGAGCUAGGAGGGGCAGCGGGCCGGGUCGGGCCCGACGAGAAAGGCAGGUCGGGCCCCAAGGACGUGCUGGUCCAGCUGCGCAGUCAGGAGGCGGCCCCCGCCACCGUGCAGCCCGAGGCCCCCGAGAUCCACGUGUUCCAGGACGUAAGGGAGGGUGGGGAGCCCGCAGGGGUGCUGACCCCGGGGGGGCGGCCCCCAGCCCUCUCCGCCUCACAGGAGCGUGCGCAGGUGGCCUUCAAGAAGGUGGUGCAGGGUGUGCUUCAGUUUGCCGUGUGCGACUCGGCCGCAGCCGGUCAGCUCAUGAAGGAGGGCGUCACACAGGUCAUCGUGAACGAGGAGGGCGCCGUGCACAUGCUGGCCCGGGAGGGCUCCCAGAUCAUCAUGCAGGAGGCGGAGGCGCACGGCCAGCACGUGGGCCUGACCGAGCCCGACAGCGAGAUCUCCCAGAUCAUCGUGACGGAAGAGCUGGUCCAGGCCAUGGUCCAGGAGUCCAGCGGCGGCUUUCCCGAGGGCACCACUCACUACAUCGUGACCGAGCUGCCCCCGGGGGUGCCGGAGGAGGCGGGCGUGUACUCGCACACCGUGAUCGAGGCGGCUGACUCGCAGGAGAUCCUGCAGGCUGGCGCAGCCCUCAGCGCCGAGGCCGUGGGCCCAGGUGGAACCCAGCAGCUGACAAGUAUGGUCAUUUACACCCAGGACGGGUCUCCGGCAGCGACUGUCAUUCAGGGCCAAAGAGAGAGUAACGAACUCCAGGAAGCGUGAGGACUGGGUGUCCAGGGGCAGAUUGGGGAGGUCCGGGCGCAGAUGUCCACACGCGGCACAGGGCAGACGAGGGAGGGCCGGCACCUGGGGCUCGGUGUCCCGGAACUUCACUCGCGGGGUCCUGGGGACAGUGCCGGGGAGCCAGGGGGGCGCCUGCCCUGCUGUCCGGGCGGCGUGGCACCGGCUGAGGAGGGGCGCGCACAGGGUUCCGCGGCCUCCCCCCCAGGAAGGCCGGGCGACGGGGCGCUGCGGGGCGGACCCCGGUGCCAGCCACUGUCUCCUGCUGGGUCUUCUGUGACUGGUCUCUCCCCUCCAUUCUGUCCUCUGUGCGGAGGAGAAGCCGCGGUGUUUAGUGUCCCCGCCCCCACCAGGUGUUUCCCGUCUCAGUGACAGGCCUGCGCCUCGUGGGGGAGAAGUCAGAGCAGCAUCUGCUGUGGCCUGAGCCGCGCCUGUUGUUCCACUCCCGCAUGUAGCCAUUUUAACGUUCUGUUAUGUAUUUGGUUAAAAGUUGCAGCUACAUUGCCGUCUUGCAGCAGGCCGCGCUUGUUCGAAAUCUGAGAUUUCAGGAUCGAGGUGUCCCCAGACCAAAGGAAGACCCGUUCAUCUCAUGCAUCCUCCCCCCAGACAGCGUGGCGUGUUCCUAGCGCUGGUUGCUCUCUGCUUAAAAGAAGCCCUCUUAAGCCUGUGGUCAAGAAGAACCUUGGCCUUUCUAUUUGAUGAAAAUCUGCCUCAGUGUAGACAACCCAGUGCUUCGAAUUUCGACUUCGUUUCAUACAACAAUAAAGUCUAUGUAUGAAAUGUGUAGUCUGGAAAAUAUUGUUCAUACCAGUAUAUUGCUUUUAUAACAAACAUCUGUUCAUACUGAUCCCAUUUUUGCAGGAUUUGUUUGUGCUUUCUGUCCGUGUGAAGAAGCCGACAUUAAGCAUUAGUCCUAGAAGGCCGUGCGCCUGCGGCCCCGGCCCGGCUGCGCGGUCUGUGUGGCGUGGGCUCCCCACCGCUGUGGGGAUGCAGCUCGUGUUCUGGUCACUCACUCCUCCCUCCAGUUGCUCUUCCUCCUUCUCCAGAAGUGUAAAAACAGCUCCCCUCCCCCAAAUGCAC